UUAAAAAAGAAGACCCUUCUGUGUAGAAUUAGGGUUUUCUUGAAGUUUGGAAUGGAGACUCGUGUGGUUAACGGGUAUCGGCUUGAUCGCAAAAUUGGCAGUGGAUCGUUCAGCGAGAUCUAUCAUGGAAAAUGUCGAGACAAAGCAUCCUCAACUGCUAUAUGAGUCAAAGUUGUAUAGAGUUCUUCAGGGAGGAACUGGAAUUCCAAAUGCGAGGUGGUUUGGCGUGGAGGGAGAUUACAAUGUUCUGGUCAUGGAUUUGCUUGGACCCAAUCUUGAAGUUUUAUUAAAUUUUUGCAGUAGGAAGCUUUCCCUGAAGACAGUUUUGAUGCUUGCAGAUCAAAUGAUAAAUUGUGUCGAAUUUAUUCAUUGUAAAUCAUUUUUGCACCGAGAUAUCAAGCCAGACAAUUUUCUAAUGGGCUUCGGAAAGCGUGUAAAACAGGCCUACAUUAUUGACUUUGGUCUAGCCAAGAGGUACAGAAACACUUCAAGUCACCAACACAUUCCUUACAGAGAGAACAAAAACUUUACAGGCUCUCCAAGAUAUGCUAGCAUGAACACUCACCUUGGUAUCGAACAAAGCAGGAGGGAUGAUUUGGAAUCUCUUGGAUAUGUUCUUAUGUACUUACUCCGAGGAAGUCUUCCUAGGCAAGGGUUCAAAGCAAGCACUAAGGAGCAGAAGUAUGAGAAAAUUAGAGAAAAGAAGGUUUCAACAUCCAUUGAGGACUUAUGUCGGGGUUAUCCUACUGAAUUUGCAUUAUAUUUCCAGUAUUGUCGUUCUCUCCAGUUUGAGGAGGAACCAGAUUAUGCUUACCUGAAGAAAAUAUUCCGUGACCUCUUCAUCCGUGAAGGCUUUCAAUUUGACUAUGUUUUUGAUUGGGUAUUGAGGUCCCAGCAAACUCAAAUUGCAACUCCUUUCCAACCUCUUGGCCCUUGUGCUGGACCCAGCUCAGAUAUUCCUCCAGCCAUUCCCGAUGCAGAAAGACAUUCAGGUGAAGAAGGAAGACAAUCAGCAGAUCCUUUUUGAAGUAGUAGUUCUUGGACAUUCAUAAAUGCUGGAAAUUUACCCGGGCAAAGGAGUCCUAUUGCAAAUGCUUCCACGAACAGGGAUGCUGUAUAACAAGAGAACCUGAUGCCUUCCAUAAUCAAGACUUUCGAAGCUGUUACAGUUAACGUGUCUUGGUCUAAGUCUUUCCAUUACUGCAGAUAAUUUUUCCUUGAGAUGGGAUUAUCUUGGCUAAAGAUGUGUAGUUCUAUAUUAACUUUAGCUUGGCUCGUAGGAAAAGGAAAUAGUAAUGAUCAGUUGUUUUUGUGGUUUCAAAGUUAUCAAGAUUGAAAUUUAGUCUGCUAUA